CACCUCAGGGUGAAACAAUUGUGAAACUUUAGCUCUCAAAUGACAAGACACAAAAUCAAAAUAAAGCGAAGAUCAGCGUAAGAAAGAAGUCACACGAAAACAACAUUUAAUGUGAAUCAAACAAGAGACAGAUGAUACUAUCAACUCAAGUGACUCAGCUGAAGUUCCCUGGGAGCAGAAUUAAUAAAUGGGAUCUAAUGGAAAGCGAACAGAAAGUCCGAAAAGACCUUGAACAGACAUUGGGUCACUACAUCUCAGACACCUUUGUCUACAUUUACACACUGAGGCAAUUCUGUGAUACAGCAGACAAAUGGUGCCUGCAGAGGGAAACAGAGGUGGACACAAUGACAGACAUUAAGGACAGGGCAGACCAAAUUGAUGCCAAGUUUGAAGAUGUCAAAAAAUCUAAAGAAAAGGCCAAAGCUUUCAAGAAGUAUCUGUGGAGUGGCCUGACUGCAAUGACUGCUGACAGCAGACGUCAGGAGCUGGAGAAGGAGCUGGGGGCUGUUCUGAAGGACACCCUGGAAGGACUUGAGAAGCUGCAGCGGUUCCUGGAAGCUGUGGAGAAGCUGGCUGUCACGUCACUCUUCGUGUUUACAGAUGGCCGCUACCUGCCCAAAGGGGUAAACGCUGUGGAUGUCCAUUCGGUUAUCUUUGCCGCAAGGAUGGCUGCUCCUCUUCUUGUCCAUUUCAAGAGGGAUGACGCUGCUUUCUUCCUCCCCAGCCUGAAUAAUGUGGACGUGCUGGCCUUCCAGCUGGAGAAAUACAUACACAUCUCACAACAGCUCUGUGAACGGAUCAGGGAAAGAUUGAAGAACAAAUUCUACACAGGAGAUGGCAAUAGGAAAAGUAAUGAUGAAUUUCACCUUCAUGUGGACACGAGUGAGGUGUCUAUCCAAAUGAUGCUUAAUCAUGUGGACCAGUUAAACUACAUCAGGAGAAACCAGGACAUCAGGCUGACAUUCCUCUUCCACGAAGCUGCUCUGACCUUCAUUGGCCUGUUCUGUCAACGCCAUGACAGGAUGCGCCAGUUCCUCUGUGACCUGACGGCCAGCGCAGACCAGCUAGACAGGAUGAAGCUGGGGGCCAGCAUCUCCAGUGUGGCGGGCAGCUCAGUGGGGGUGGCAGGUGGAGCCCUGUCCAUAGCAGGCCUGGCUCUGGCCCCAAUGACCGCCGGCGUGUCCCUCAUCCUCACCAUGACCGGCGUCGGCCUCGGGGUGGCCAGCGGCGUCAACAGCCUGGCCACCGGCAUCACUGGGAUGGUCGUCAACAGCAAGCACAGCAAACAGGCAAACGGCAUCUUUCAGAGUUUCAUGGAGGACGUACAGAGCAUUCUGGACUGCGUGGAGCACGUGGCCAGUCACACAGGGCCUAUCGUAGAGCCAGGGAAGGCAGAAAUCUUGUUGGGGACUGGCCGGGUCGUGGCUAAAGUGUUCGGGUUGGGGAAGGGCAUCGAUGCCCUGGUGGACGGUGCCUCUGCCUUGAAGGUGAUUGGCAGCAAGCAGGUGGCCACAGGCGCCACCAAGGUGGGUCUGAAGGAGGUCAAAUCAACCAAGAACUUCCAAAACCUAGCGGCGGAAGCAUCCGACCUCGGACAGCUGGCCAAAGGCACCCCGCUGGCCCUGUCCAGCUCAGCUCGCUCCGGGUUCAUGGCGCUCAACUCGCUCUUCAUCGGCCUGGACAUCUUCUUCAUCUACAAAGACGGCACUAGUCUGGCCAGGGGGAAUAGGAGCAAAGUGGCCCAGCUCAUUCGCUCCAGGACAGCUCUGUGGCGCUCAGAGCUGGACUCCUGGGAGAAGAUGCACGACUCCCUGUGCAGAGGGAUCUGGAGGUUCAGGAGGAGCUGGAGGAUCCUGGAGACACCAUUUUACCCCAAACAACUGAGCUGAAGAUAGGAAGAGAGAAGAGAGAGAUGACUGAGGGAUGGGUACAUAUGAGAAACUCAAUAUCUAAAGGUUUUCUAUUUAUAAUCAUCAUAUUAUUAGCUCACAUUCCCUCUUCGUGUCACAUACCAGAGGAGCAGUAGCAGCUGUUGCCACCAGAGGGGGCAGUCCUCCUCUAGAAGG